AUGGCUGCCAUGGAAAAGAAGAAGUCUGCUGAAGCCCAACCUGAAGCUCAACGGCAGGAACGACCAAGCAUAGUCUUCCCUGCCAGCAUGACUGGCUCGAAGCCAAAGGUCCCAUCAGCAGCUUCAGAGAUGAAGAAAACUAGGCAUGCUGAAGCCGAAGCCAGGAAGAGGAAGCUCAAGGACACCACUGAUGAUGCUCCCUCCAAGAAGAAAUUGAAGACAAAGGGUUCAAAGUCUUCAAAGAAAGAGCGUGCUGCUGCCCCAGAGCCCCUCAUAGUUGAACCUAUCUUUGUCGCUCUUCCUGCUUCAACCAACCAAGAGAGCCGCCUUGUGAUCCAUGAUCCUGCUUCCACAGAGGCUCAUGCAAGUGAAGAAGUUCCAGCUGCUGACCCCAACACAGCUGAAGACAUUGGUCAUGACGACAAUGUGCAUGAUGAUGAAGUCCUUCCUCAGCUUGAGCCCAAGUCGGUAUCAUCGCCUGCUCCAACGAGCAGUGAACUUAUUAGCAUUGGUCGUCCAUUGACACCCAUUGCUCAAGAUGACUCAUGGGCUGAGCGCCAACAAAAAGACACCCCAGUGCAAGAUGAGACACCUCGUACUCCCCCUACUCAAGUUACUUCUUUAGUCCUUGAUGAUGAAGACUACAUGGAACAGACCACUCCCUCUCCAAAGGCGUCGCCAGCGUUCCGCAAGCUUCGCAAGCCUCCGGCCACAGAGCACUUCAAGUUUGACUCCAGGCCUUCUCAAAAUGCAAGCUGGUGUCGCACUCCCUCCAUUGAAGAUUCUGAGCAUUCAUCUUUGGCUGCAACUGUUGUUGCGCGAGUCGUCGAUGAAGAAGACGACGCCACUUCACCAACCCUGGCUGCACUGCAUCACGAUAUUGUGUCAGGCCUGUCUGCACCACCAAACUCCAACAAUGAUCCUACUCCAUCUUCUACUCCAGCUGGGAACGAGUAG